AUGGUUGAAUCUUGUUUAGAAGAGUGCAAUAUUGAGGGGAUUUUCACCUUGACGGUGGAUAAUGCUUCCUCAAAUCACGUAGCCAUUAGUUACUUGAAAGAAGCUACUAAUAGGUGGAAAGGCACUGUUUUAGGGAAUGAAUUUGUUCAUGUGAGGUGUUGUGCUCACAUCUUGAAUCUUAUUGUGACCGAUGGCUUAAAACAUCAUAAUAAGUCAAUUGAUAGGGUGUGUCAUGCAGUUAGAUAUGUGAAAGCUUCUCCAAAUAGGUUACAAACCUUUAAGAGGUGUGUGGAGAAAAUGAAAAUAGAGUCAAAGGCUAUUCUAUGUUUGGAUGUGGCCACUAGAUGGAACUCCACCUAUAAAAUGUUGGAAAAUUCUGAAAAGUUUGAACAUGCAUUCAAGCGGAUGGAAUAUGAAGAUCUUGAUUAUAUUCUACACUUUCGGGAUGGGGACUAUGAUAGGAGACCUCCAAAUGAGGAUGAUUGGGAGACUUGUAGAAAAUUUGUUAAGUUUUUGAAACUUUUUUAUAAUGCCACAAAGAGGUUUUCGAGUUCCUUGUAUGUGACAUCAAAUGCUUUCUUUGAUGAGAUAUAUAUGAUUAAAAGAAAGAUAGAUCUCUUUUCUAGGAGUGAGGACCAUUUUUUGUACUCAAUGGCAAAAACAAUGAAAGAGAAGUUUGACAAGUAUUGGGGGAGCGGGGAGGAUUCAUCAAAGAAGGGAAAUGUGCUUUUGUAUGUUGCUGUGGUGCUUGAUCCUCGAAAAAAGUUGGAUUAUUUGAAUUAUUUUUUAUUAAAUUUGUAUGGAGAGAAUGUUGCUAAGGUUAUCACUGACCUUGUGGAAAAUGUAUUGAAACGCUUAUAG